AUGCUGGGAGGGGCAGCAUCUCAUUCAAAGAGCGACUCCGUGUGGAGAGGUGAUAAGAAUGGAAUCAUUUCAGAUGGAAUACGAUGCACUUUGGGGCGCAUCAUGAAACGGACGAGUCUCUUCCAGGGAAAAUUCUGCAUCCGCCCUCAAUGUGGCGGCCGUGGGCCAAAAGAUCGACGGUCAAAGCCCGCGGCCCGCCAUCCUCGCCGUCGCCGUCGUCGUCCUCCUCCGGCAUCUUCUCAUGCACCACCUUCAAGGACAUCCAGGCCCUCUGCGCCGAGCCCUCCUCCCCUCUCCUCUCCCCCCCGGAACCGCCCCAUCCUCCUCCGCCCCACCGUCGCCGCCGCCUCCUCCCUCUUGCGCUCCCGCUCCCUCCCCGGCCCCACGCCCGAACCCGAACCCGAACCCGUCAAGGCGCAGCGGCCCGGCUCGCCUGUCUCGAUCCCCGGGGCCGACAGCAACCGCAUUGUCGUCUACUUCACGAGCCUGCGCGUGGUGCGGUCGACCUUCGAGGACUGCAAGGCCGUCCGCUCGAUCCUGCGCGGCUUCCGCGUGAGGAUCGACGAGCGGGACCUGUCGAUGGACUCCAGCUUCAUGGCGGAGCUCCAGGCGAUCCUCGGCUGCGGCGGCGGCCAGAAGGGGAAGCUGGCGCUGCCGCGGGUGUUCAUCGGCGGCCGGUACGUGGGCGGCGCCGAGGAGGUGCGGCAGCUGAACGAGAUCGGGGAGCUGAAGAAGCUGGUGGAGGGCGUGCCGGCGGCGGAGCCCGGCGUCUGCGACGCCUGCGGCGGCUACCGGUUCGUCCUGUGCGGCGAGUGCGACGGCAGCCACAAGCUCUACAGCGAGAAGAGCGGCUUCCGGAGCUGCACGGACUGCAACGAGAACGGCCUCGUCAAGUGCCCCUCCUGUACAUGCGCACCGCUCUAAUUAUCCGGCCCUCUCGUUCUACUGAAUCAAGUCAAUCACAUAAUCUGCGAGACGCCAUCGACACGCGACGACGACUGCGAUCGCACCCGCCAUGCGAACGCAUUUGAUGUGAUUGGUUUAUCUUAAUACCAUCAUCAUGCCCUGCUAAUUGUAAGUUCCCUUUUUGGUUUGAACCCUCUUUUUAGAUUUGAUCUUCUUCAAGCUUUUUCCAAUUCUUGAAGAUAAAAUUUCAUCUUUUUUUUCCUUCCUCAUUAUUAAUGGGGAAACAAGCAUAGGCCCUAUAAUAACUGGGAAAGCACAAGCAUGGUGCCCCAUCACCAGGUGGGGUUGGGGGGGAGAUGAGCAAAAGUCAAGCUGACUUUUUGACUCUUUUUUUUGGUUUAGUGUCUUGUUCCCUUUUUCUUUAUCGUCAUGUAUGGGAAAAGUAGUGACAAACCGUGACAGGAGAGGUAGGACUAUGAACAUGCCCCAUGUCCCUUCGAUUAUCACAUGGCCUUGUAACAUAUGUAAUAGCGAUUGAUGUUGUAAGAUUUUCCAGCGCUGUGAAGUUUCCAUGGCACAUUCCUGAUAAACGAACAUCUUUUAACCUCGUUGUUGGGGUUG